AGUCACCUCCACAUUAUAAAAGCCAGACCCACCAGGCAUGCCCGAAAGCUGACUAUAAUCUGAGAGGGGUGUGUGUGUGUAACAGAGGGAGGGAUACAGAGAGAGAGAGAGAGAGAGAAAAGACGAGAGUAGUGGGACAUAGACUAAUCAAAGACGCCGGAGGUCCAGGAGAAAAACACGAAAGGACCGAACAGGACAGGGAAGGGAAAACUCAGAAAACGAAGGGCUAAGGACAGAGGAACCUCUAAGGACCUAAGUGGAUAUACUUCUUGCUCCUGAGCCGUGUAAAUUGGGGAGAAUCGGUCGUCCACGCCGCCGGCGUCUGAAGGGAUCCUCUUCCUGUGCCCUCUGACUGACACUGCGCUUUCCCCCCGCGCCCCCGGGCCCUCCCCUGUCCCCUGAAGCCCUCGCCUGCGACGCACCCGGGCAUCAAUGAGUCUGAACAACACCUCCGCCUUCCGAGCGGAGCGCAGCGUCCACCAGACCUCCUCCUCCUCCUCGUCCUCCUCCUCCUCCACCACCGGCCCCUACAUGGAGAAGAGUCGAGGGCUCUUUGCGGACGAAUUCGGGUCUUUCAUGCGCCCGGCCCGGGACAACGCGAUUGGAUUCCCAGGUCUGUCAGGGCCGGCGGGAAACAUCAGGACCAUGGGGGACACGUACCAGUUCACCGUGGACGUCAGUGACUUCUCCCCGGAGGACGUGAUCGUCACCACCUCCAACAACCAGAUCGAGGUUCGCGCCGAGAAGUUGGCAGCGGACGGCACAGUGAUGAACACUUUUGCCCACAAGUGCCAGCUGCCGGCGGACGUGGACCCUACGUCUGUGACAUCAUCACUGGGGGACGGCGGCACCCUGACCGUCAAGGCUCGCCGACACCCGCCCAAGCACGAGCACGCUCAGACUUUCCGCACCGAGAUCAAGAUCUGAGGGAGAUAAGGCUGUCCCAUCGCCCCGUCCCACGCAGCCUGACAUUCCCAAUUCCACCUGCUGUUAUUCCUCCCCUCUCUUCCGCCCCUUCCUCUCCGCUCAUCCUCUUCACACCCGUCAUGUUGAACUGUUUUGUGUUGCCGUUUCUCUCCCUCCCUCCCCUUUUGCACUGCGUUGCAUCAUACAAGAUAUGCGUUUUCCUGUCUUUCCUGUACUCUCGCAUUGCUUGUUACUAACCUCUAUUGAGCUGAGCUACAGUUCUGAUUUCAGCUCACUCUCUGUUCCCACACUGUUGUGUUAGUGUUGGAACAGACAUACGAAAAAGACAGAUCAAUGCAAACACAUUUGCAAUAUGUCUCACACACUUUGCAAAGCUUUAUUCAGAACACGCAGACACACAGACACACACAGAGACAUGCAGACACACACGCGCGCACACACACAUACGCACACGCACACACAUACACACACACACACACACACAUUUCCCUCUCCCGGCAAACACCUCUUAGCUUUUGUAAAUAUUCUUUCUACAUCAGUUGAAGGCAGCCGGCUGUGACUACAGAUACUAUGACUUUCAAAAGGCAUAGUACCUACAGACACAUAGCACACACAUGCACGCACACAUGCACACACUCACACACACACACACACACACACACACACAGACAAAUGGCACCUUGUGGAUGCCUUAGAAUUAAGAAUAAAUAAAAAUGAAAAUUCAUGUUCAAUGAAAAUGAAAUAUUUUAAGAUGUUGUG